UUCAACGAUAUAAAAAUAAAUAAAUAAAUAAAAGAAAAAUGAACACUUUCCCUUUCCUAUAUAUAUAACAUAGAAGAAAUAUAUUUGCAAUUCUGUCGAAAACUAGUCAUAGUGAGAAAAUGGCAGCCAGUGUUGAUGCAAGUUCAAGCUCAUAUGAUCGCAUGAAGGAAGUGAAGGAAUUUGACGAGUCAAAGAUGGGAGUCAAAGGCCUCUCCGAUUCCGGCAUCACUUCCAUUCCUCAAAUUUUUGUCCACGACCCUCAAACCCUAUCCGACCUCAAACCCUCCUCCAAGCCAACUGCCGCUGUCAAACCCACCAUCGACCUCUCCCACAUCACCUCCCCUGCCCACCGCCCCAAUAUCGUUGACCAGGUCAAGGCCGCCGCCAAAACCUUUGGCUUCUUCCAGGUCACCAACCACGGGGUGCCCGUCUCGGUCCUAGACGAGACAGUGAACGCGGUCAAAGCUUUCCACGAGCAGCCCCAUCAGGUGAAAGCCGAGUACUACAAGCGAGAUGAAGGAAAGGGAGUUAUGUAUGCCAGCAACAACGACUUGUACCGUACAACCGCCGCCAGCUGGCACGACUCGCUGCAGAUGUGGAUGGGGCCGGAGCCGCCCAACGUGGAGGAGAUCCCGGAGGUGUGCAGGGAAGAGUUGGCUGCAUGGGAUUUGCAUGCAACCAAGGUGGCUGAUGACGUUAUGGAGCUGCUCUCGGAAGGGUUAGGGUUGGAGCGUGGGAGGUUUAAGGAGCUGACGUUUUCGGAUUCAAGGGUGCUUGUGGGGCACUGCUAUCCUUACUGUCCUCAGCCUGAUCUGACGGUAGGGAUUAAGGCACAUACGGAUCCCGGGAUCGUGACGGUUCUGUUGCAAAACCAUGUGCCGGGGUUGCAGGUUAGGCAUGAGAAUGAGUGGUUGGAUGUGAAGCCUGUGCCUGGUGGUUUGAUCAUUAACGUUGGAGAUUUUCUUCAGCAUAAAGGUACGUGAAGCUGAAGGGAAGGGAGUAUCUUGAGACCAAAUCUUACCUUGUUGUGAAAAUAAUAAGUAAAAUGGACUUCCUGUUGUAAAGUAUAAAGUAGUGGAGCCCACUUACUAUUUGGUGCAUGAAGUUAUUGCACAUUCACGGGCAUCACAUUUCCUUGCCUAUAAAUAUUACAUGAUUGUGCCUUUGCACCUCCAAUGGAGAGAAGAUAGAAGAGAAAGAGAGAAACGGAAAGAAAGAAAGAGAAAGGAGGAAAGAGAAGAGGAAAGAGAAGAAGAA